AUGGAGAAAUGCGAAUCUGAGGACCAUGCUGGUAGCGGCAACCGCGAGGAAGGUAAUCAGAGUCAGAGCCAAGAUGAAGGUGAAAAGCUGGUUGGUGAUCUUUUCAACAACCGUGAAAAGCUGGAAGAAGCCCAGGCCUCAUUCAAUUUUACGGCUGGGAACAAAUCAAAACCUUCUUCCGAUGGCUCAGCUGAAACCAUUGGCACUGAUACACUCGAUGCAACCCAAACAAUCGAGAUAGGGGUGGCAAAUAUCCAACCGAGAUCCCGGCCUGGAGCUUACCAACAACAGCCAUCUGUCAUAGAAGGAGCGGCAGCACUUCAAGUAGCGACCACAAAAACCAUCGACAAGGAGGUGGAAAACAUCCGAACUGCAAUCGAUGCCCAAUCUGGUGGGUCUAGCACGGAUACCAGCAACAACACUGACCUGGAGAAGAAGCGGCAUAUUGGUGCAACAGGGAAGACUGUAGAAAAUGGCGUUCCAAAUCUAUUUGUUGCUCGUGAGAAUAUGCAAUUGGCAAAUACAGCGGAGGAACAACCAGAAGGAGCCGUCUCUGGCGCUGCUGGGAACAACAGCGAUCGCAGAGCCUUUGUUCAACCAGGUGCCUACGCGAUGGGAGGAGUACCAGGACCAACACUAACGGAAGAGAACAAUAGAAUUGAGCAAGAAGAGGAAGACCAGCAAGAAAGUCGCAUUGUAGAUGCACCAUGGGAUAUUGCUGGAUCAGCAACCUUCAGACUAUCACAGACACAAGCACCAGAACCACCAGCGGCCACCAGACUUCAAAGAGGUAGAAAUGUCCAGACAAAUCCAGAACCAGGGGCUUAUGCAGCUGCUGGUGUGAAUUCUCAUCAGCACCCAGAGUUUUCUAUUAUGUGGGAACUUGGAAACCUGCCAAGUGGAAACAGUGAGAAUGUACAGCCUUUUGGUGGCCGGGAAGGAGGGCUGGUGGAAGCCAGAGCUGUGAAUGAUGAAAACCCUGAGCUAGUUCUGACAGAAGCAAGAGCAGUGGAAUCAAAAUCUAGGAAUCACGAGCUGGUUCCUUAUGGGCCACUGGGAGUAGGACUGCUUUUGGUGGCUGCUCUCUGUACAGUUGUGGGCCUUUUUGUGGGCAUCAAGAACAAUGGGCUCCCGUCAUCAGAAGAUGCCACUGCCAUGCCAACUGUGCCGCCAACAGCACCACCAACUGUAUUCACUACAAGAGGUUUUAUUCUCCAGACUGUGCUUCCCGACACUACUGCCAGGGCUGCAAUUGCAGACCAUAGCAGUAACACAACGGCAUCUCCCCAAAGUCAGGCACUCGAAUGGACCCUACAAGAUCCAUUUUUGGAGAUAUAUCUGCAAGAUCACCAACGGUUUCUACAGCGAUUUGCUCUGGCAACUUUCUACUAUUCUACCAAUGGAAAUGUGACCUGGGGAAACAAUGAGAAAUGGCUGGACUACAACCACCACGAAUGCCACUGGUUCGGUAAAAAUGAUAUUGCCUUUCCUCAACCAGAUGAUCAAAUUACCUACCUAGAAGACUAUGACCAGAUGGUCAAUAAGAACCCCUGUGAGCUGCCACCCAAUGUGACAGUGCCCACAACUGCUACCUUGACUACUGAGUCUUCCUUCAAACAUCUAUGGAUGUACACAAAUCGAUUGGAUGGGACUUUGCCGAUGGAAAUAUCAUUUUUACAGUCCUUGCGGAGCAUCUCCACCUAUGUGAACCCCAAUCUGAGGGGCAGCAUCCCAACUGAAAUAGGCGUUCUCACGAACUUGGAAUUCAUUGCUCUGCCGUUUUCUUCUCACACAGGGACUCUGCCAACGGAGCUGGGUCUGCUGACAAAGCUUCUUUUCCUGGUCAUUUCCAACAAUGCAUUCACUGGCAGCAUUCCCUCUGAACUGGGAUUGCUCAAUGUCUCAUUGAGGACAUUAAUGCUGGAUCAGAACAUGUUUACGGGUACAAUUCCAGAAGAACUCUACAAUAUAACCUACCUCAGGACUCUCUACAUUUCUGAAAUUCCAUUGGAAGGGACACUUUCUACCAAAAUUGGUCAGCUUACUAACAUGUGGGAUUUCCAAGCUGAUUUGAUGGCAAAUGGUUUGUCAGGCACGAUUCCAUCGGAGAUUGGAAAGUUGCAUAUGCUGAAACGAUUUGUGGCCUAUAACACCGAUUUCACUGGAACAAUUUGCACAGAAGUCGGCCUGCUCACAAACCGCCUUCGAGUUCUGGACCUUCACAGCAAUUCCUUAAAUGGCCCGAUCCCUUCAGAGCUUGGGCUCCUUUCAACCGCAACUCAGGUAUUUUUUGAUGACAACAUGCUCACCGGAAAAAUUCCGACGGAGAUAAAUGGAGACAAUUUGCCAGAGUUGUUUGCAUGGGAUGUGAGAGGGAAUGAGGGCCUGGUGAUCAACUCUGACAGUGACAACGUCACAAAUUUUGAUGUGUUUCCAGAAGAGUUUGGGGGGUGCUGGAUCAAUAUGACUUUCAUUGACCUGGAUUGCCCUGUGAUGUUGAUCACUUCAAACGCAUCCAUCCGCUGCGAUUUAUGUAAAUGCAGCUGCGCACCCAGAAAUGAAGUAGCUGUUCCAUAA